CCAAUGGCCUCCCGCCCUCACUCACCCUAUCCUCUCCCCCCCUUCCCCCUCCGGCCCAGCAGCUUCUCUCCAGUCUCCACUGCGCGCGGUAACACGGUGAAUCCAGCGCGCCGUCUGCCGGCUCCACCGGCAGCUCGCAGCACGCCCAGCUAGUCUAAUGCCAGUAACUAACCGCGCUCCGGCCGGCCUCUGUCUUUCUCUCUUCUCUCUCGGCUCGGCGUGUGGUGUCCAUAGACCGUAGAGCUUCUAGUUAGUUCGUACUACUGGACUACUGGUACUUGGGCUAGGCCGUCGUCUUCUUCCUCCUCUUCGACCCCGCCGCGUCCCGCUUCUUCUUCAGCGGCGCCGAGCAUGACGGCGACGCCGGCGGUGAUCGGGCUGAGCGCCGGCAACCGCCUGCUGGGCACGUCCUUCGGGCCGCCCUCAGGCGACCUGCUCUGCGACAAGGUGAGCAGCCACUACCUGGCGGGAGGGGACGGCUCCUCUUCUUCCUCCUCCUCUGCGUCUUCCUCGUCGCUGCAGUUCGGGGCCCCGGCCGCGUCCAAGCUCACCGUGGCCGCGCACAGGCUCAAGCUCUCCCCGCACGGCCGCGCCCAGGUCAUGCGCGCGCUCCGCCAGAGCGCGCCCGCCGCCGUCCUCGCGCUCGCCCCGCCCCCGCAUCCCUCUCCCCCGCCGCCGGCGCCCGCCGCCGCCGAGGGCGAGCUCUCGCUCGAGGCCACGGCCAUCGUGCUGCUGCAGCGCUCCAUGCUCGAGAAGCAGUGGCACCUCCCCUUCGAGGACGAAGACGAAGACGAAGAAGACGAUGACGCCAUCGGCAGCGGCGCUGACGCCAUCGGUUCGGCGGCUGUCGUCGUGGCGCGCUCCGGGGUGUCGGCGCGGGAGAGGCGGAUGAGCGGCCGGAGGCGCGGGCGGUCGAGCUCCUCCAAGGCCAAGAGCGGCGGCGGCGGCGGCGCGCAGCUGGGCGGCGUCAGCCCCUCCUUGCUGAUGCAGAGCAGGAACAGGAUCUACCUCCGGGGCUCCGUCAGCAAGGAGCUGCUCACGCACAAGCAGGUCGUCCAACUCUCCAAGAAGAUCAAGGACGGCAUCUGGCUCCAACAGCAACGAUCAAAGCUGAAGGAGAAACUGGGGAACGAGCCGUCGUACAAGCAGAUGGCGCAGUCGCUGCGGAUAUCGACGCCGGAGCUGCGGUCGAGGAUGCGGGACUCGUUCCUCGCCAGGGAGGUGCUGACCAUGAGCAACCUCCGUCUGGUCAUAUCCAUCGCCCAGAAGUAUGAUAAGCUGGGGGUCGAGCUGCCCGACCUGAUUCAGGGUGGACUGAUAGGGCUGCUUCGUGGGAUCGAAAAGUUCGAUGCGUCGAGGGGAUUUAGAAUUUCCACUUAUGUGUACUGGUGGAUUCGACAGGGUGUUUCAAGAGCAUUGGCUGACAACUCAAAAACAUUCAGGCUCCCUACUUAUCUGCAUGAGAGGCUGAUUGCGAUUCGGGGUGCAAAAUACGCGUUAGAGGAUCAAGGAAUUUCUCCAACAACAGAAAACAUCGCAGAGUCGCUCAAUAUAUCGGAAAAGAAAGUACACAAUGCCACAGAUGCUGUCAACAAAGUUCUUUCAUUGGAUCGACAGGCAUUCCCCUCCUUAAAUGGCCUACCUGGAGAUACACUCCAUAGCUAUAUAGAGGAUCAAAAUGUUGCCAACGAUCCAUGGCAUGGAUUCGAGCAGUGGUAUCUUAAGGAGGAAGUCAACAAGCUUCUAAACUCAACUCUCACCGAGCGCGAAAGGGACAUUAUUCGGCUGUACCACGGCAUAGGAAAACAGUGCCAUACAUGGGAGGAUAUUAGCAGACAGUUUGGGUUGUCUAGGGAGAGGGUGCGGCAAGUAGGGCUCAUCGCGAUGCAGAAGCUGAAGCACGCCGCGAGGAGGAAAAAACUGGACGCGUUGCUCGAGGACUACUGAUCCGAGGUGUUUGUUUUUCGUUGAGAUGGAUCAAAUCCACACACUCAGUGGUUGUAUAUACUCGGAAAGAAAGGGAGUGGGGUUUACAUAGGGUACAUUGGAAAGGCAUUUUACUGCCACUCACCUGCAGAUAAUCAUACUUGUACAUUCUGUGACAAUAGGCAUGCUCAGAUAAUCAAAGUGUCUAUCUAUGCCUGUGUUUUUCUUGGAAGCUGUACGGGUAUUCUUUAUUGGCAUGUAAUGUGUCAUUUAGCUUGAUCAAAUAGAGCAACAACUAUGUCCUGAGUCUCAUUUUUGUUGGCA